CAUUUUGCCGCAUUUUAUCAUUUAUUCUUUCCCUCGUCCCCGCCCCUCCUUUCCUCUCUCUGAACCAUAAACUAUUUGAAAGUUACUUGCAUAUGUUAUGUCCCCUAAAUAUUUCAGUGUACAUUUCCUAAGAACAAGGACAUUCUCUCAUUAGACCAUAGUAUAGUUAUCAAAUUCAGGAAAUAUAUAAUUUUAUCUAAUCAGUAGUAUCUAAUCUAUAAUUCAUGUUUCAGUUUUGCCAACUAUCCCAAUAAUGUUUUGGGAUAUAAGGUUAAGAUAACCCUAUAUCUUAACCUUAUAACUUAUAUCUUAACCUUAUAACUUUACUUUUAUUUCCUGUUUUUAAUGAAAAUAAAUAACAGCUAGAUUUGAUGCCCUCCAUGUAACUCUCCACAGUCAAUUUUUUUGGCCAUAACCAGAGACUUGAAUUUCUGGUUAACAUUCCCAUCAAUGAUAUUAUAUUUUACUGAACCAAUAAUGUUUUUUAAAGCAUUUUUUUUUCUAGUCUAGGAUCCCAUCCAGGAACACACACUACAUUUAGUCUCCUUUAAUCUGGAACAAUUCCUUAGCCUUUCUUUGUCUUUUAUGAUAUGUUUUUUAAAGAGUUUAGUCCAUUUAUGUUGUAGAAUGUCCCUUCAGUUGGUCCCUUAACAUUUGUUUAAAGUCAAAACUUCUGAAGUCAUUUUCAAAUUCCUUUUUGGAUAUGUAUGCAUUUGUUGAACACCCAGCCUUGUACAUAGCACAGCCUGGCCCUUGGGACCUUAAGUCUGGGCUUGCAGGGACAGCAGUUACUGUCAGACAAGCUUGAGAGGCCCCUGUAUGUGCUCAGGAUUAGGGGUCUGCCAUACUGGCACCAGCAAGCUUGGAUAAACACAUCCUAGAUGGAUGCAGGAUGAGUCCUCAUUCUAGACAUCUCCAAAGAUGCAGAAACUGGCCAUGUGCCUGGUCCAGCAUCCAGUCAUCCUGAGAUGUCCUGAAGUUCGCACUCCAAACACCAAAUCCUGCUUCUCUCAGAAAUCUCCCGCGAGCUGCAGUCCUGGGUUCUAGCCUGUCCUGCUGAUCUGCUCUGUGGCUUGGGGCUACUUUCUUGCCCCUCUGGGCCAGUGGUGGGAAAAGAAUCUCCUGGUCACUCUGCCAAGUGCCCCUGACACUGAACAGGUGUGGGGAGGAGAGUCACUGAGCUCUGGAGUGGGGCAGGGUAGACAGGGCUGGCCUGUGACAAGGGUAAGCCGACUUGGAAUGGUCAUCAUGGUGAUCUGGGAGGCAAAUCAUCAGACUGGAGCUUUGCUUUCUCAGCUGUUUAACUUCCUUAUUGGAUACAUAGUGUGGAAAAUGGUGAAUUGUUAUCUGUUCAAACAACUGUAACAUUGGGAACUCGCUUACUACCUGUAGGUACUUUGUCAAACCAAAGCGGACAGUGCAGAAAUGUUUUAAGUGUCAUCGAUCUUGACAAAACUUAGGCCAAGCAAGCUUUUAAUGUGAGAAACAAAAUAAAAUUGGUUUUCCCCUAGUCAUUUAGUCAACAUAUUUGUCUGCUGUGUUUUAACACAUGAACACUGCAAAGUGCUCUCCCUGGACUCACAGUCUUCCUGUGAGAGAGACCUAGAGCCCCCUGCCUUUUUUAAUGUAAAAUAAUUAAAUAAAAUUUAAAAUUGAGUUCCUCAGUUGCAUUGGUGAUAUGUCCAGGUCUCCAUGGCCACCUGUGGCUCGUGACCACCGUGCUGGACAGUGUAGGUCUGGAACAUGAUGGCAGAGCUCUGGGACAGCACGGCUCUGCACGGUGACAGCCUGGGACAGGUGUGAGAGCAGCUUCCUUCUGUGACAGACCUGGUCACACAGCGACUUUAGCAUUUAAGUAUGACUGCAGACCGUUGGCAGUUUGCAUCAGAGGUAUGCUGAAAUUUUUAUGGAAUUUUACUUCUUCCGUUGUUCUGGUAGCUCAGAGCGCUAUUAAAUUAGUUCUGGCAUUGCAGUGCUGCAGCCAAGGUUUUAAAGAGAAUGCAGCCAAAGCUGAAUUGAGGAAGCGAUUUCAUUCAUGGGGCCCUCCACAGCCUCAAGGUUAUGAGUGCAGGGCCAGGUGCAGGAGCCUAGUUUCUCCCACAGGGGCAUUUCCUGUGGGAGGAGGGACCCAUUCUCACUGCUGAGGCAACUGGGUGCUGGGCCUGGAGCAGGGGACUGGGACUCCCAUGGACGAUGAACAACGGCCGGGUUACUGCUGCUCCCUCACCUGGGACGUCUGCACCGAGGACACCCAGAGCUGUGUUCCCAGGCCGCACCGCUUCCCCUUCCAAGUGUGGGUGACGGACAGGGUUGACGGUGUCUAAGCUCCCAGGACCCAGCCCACAAGGGCUGAGGAAGCCACGCCGCCAGCUGUGUAGAGUGGGAGCGUCUGUCUUGAAAGGCCUGCCUGUCUGUGGGUCCUUGCGUGUGUGUGCCUCUGUCCCCGCCUCCUGGCUGCCCCAGCUGAGUGGGGGAGCUGAGCAGGCGACGCUGCCUCUGCUCCAGCUAGGAUGUGGCUCUUCCACACUCUGCUCUACGUGACCAGCCUGGCUCCCCUGGUGGCCUUCAAUGUGGAUGUGGACCGGACCUGGGUAACUGCCAAGGAAGGCGGGCCUUAUGUGCUCAGCUCCCUUCUGCACCAAAACCCCCAAACCAACGAGACCUGGAUCCUGGUCACCAGCCCUAGAACCAACAGGGCAGCAGAGCCCCUGCAUCAAUGUUACCUCAGACAGGAUGAGAUCCAUUGCCAACCAGUGGAGCAUGUCCCCAUCCCAAAGGGGAGGCACCGGGGAGUGACAGUUGUCCGGAGCCACCAUGGUGUCUUGAUCUGCAUUCAAAUGGUGUCCCGGAGGCCCAAUAGCCUCAGCUCACAACUCACGGGGACCUGCAGCCUGCUGGCCCCCGACCUCCAUCCCCAGGUCAACAUCUCCUUCGUCAAUGUUGAAAACCUCCUGGAACCUGAGGCACACGCGGAAGCAGGGGACUGCCACAGGAACAUAAAAGGCAGCACAGAGAAUAUGGCCAGGUGGCGCCGGGCUCUGAAUGUGGAGGAGGACGGCGAGGAGGAGGAGGAGGAAGAAGCUGGCACUGAGAUCGCCAUCAUCUUGGAUGGCUCAGGAAGCAUCGACCCCCCAGACUUCCAGAAAGCCAAAGACUUCAUCUAUAACAUCAUAAAGAACAUCUAUACGAAGUGCUUUGAGUGUAGCUUUGCCCUGGUGCAGUACGGAGAAGUGAUCCAGACUGAGUUUGACCUUCGGUACAGUCAGGACGUGAUAGCCUCCCUUGCCAGAAUCCAGAACAUCACUCAACUGGGGAAUACCACCAGGACAGCCUCUGCCAUGCAGCACGUCCUAGACAACAUCUUCACCCCAAGCCACGGCUCCAGAAAAAAGGCAUCCAAGGUCAUGGUCGUGCUUACCGAUGGGGAAAUAUUUGAGGACCCCCUCAACCUCACAACUGUCAUCAAAUCUCCAAAGAUGCAAGGUGUCGAGCGCUUUGCCAUUGGGGUGGGAAAUGCAUUUAAUAAGUCUAAAGCUGAGGACGAACUGAAGCUGAUAGCCUCGGACCCCGAUGAGACCCAUGUCUUCAAGGUGACCAACUAUGCAGCGUUGGAUGGACUGCUGAGCCAACUGCAGCAAAGUAUCGUUUCCAUGGAAGGCGUGGUUGGAGAGGCCCUCCAUUACCAGCUGGCACAGAUUGGGUUCAGCGCCCAGAUCCUGGACAAGAGGCAAGUGCUGCUUGGUGCUGUCGGGGCCUUUGAAUGGUCGGGGGGUGCGUUGCUCUACGACAUGUACAGCUGCCAGGGCCGCUUCCUGAACCAGACGGUGGUGGAUGCCAAAGCUGGAAAGCAAGGCUACCUGGGUUACUCGGUGGCCGUGCUGCAUAAGGCCUCUGGCCUCUCCUAUGUGGCUGGGGCGCCACGGCACAACCAGCGUGGGGCUGUGUUUGAGCUCCCGAAGGAGGGCAGAGACACCAACUUCAUGCCAGUGCUGGAGGGAGAGCAGUUGGGGUCCUAUUUUGGCUCUGAGCUGUGCCCUGUGGACAUCAACAUGAAUGGAACCACGGACUUCUUGCUGGUGGCUGCUCCGUUUUACCACAUUCGUGGACAGGAAGGCAGAGUCUAUAUGUACCGUCUGAAUGAGCAGGAUGGCUCCUUCUCCUUGGCACGCACGCUGAGUGGGAACCCUGGGUUCACUGAUGCCCGGUUUGGUUUUGCCAUGGCAACAGUGGGGGAUAUCAAUCAGGAUAAGUUCACAGAUGUGGCCAUCGGGGCCCCCCUGGAGGGUUCGGGGGCAGAGGAUGGCUCCACCUUCGGCAGUGUGUACAUUUACAACGGAUGCUGGGAUGGCCUCUCUACUAGCCCCUCACAGUGGAUCAGGGCCUCAAAGGUGGCUUCAGGGCUUCGCUACUUCGGCAUGUCGGUGGAUGGUGGCUUAGAUUUCAGUGGUGACGGCCUUGCUGACAUCACCGUGGGCACUCUGGGCCAGGCGGCGGUGCUCCGCUCACGACCUGUGGUUCGCCUAAAGGUGUCCAUGACCUUCACCCCCAAGACACUGCCCAUUGGCUUCAACAGCAGUGUGGAUGUGCGUCUGUGUUUUGAAAUCAGCUCUGCGACCACAGCUGCCGAGUCAGGCCUCAGAGAGAUGUCUCUGAACUUCACGUUGGACGUGGAUGUGGUGAAGGAGAAGAAAAGGCUGCAGUGUUUGAACAAGAGAACUUGUCAGAGCAACCUUCCGAAGUUGAGCCGUGGGUCCCAUCUCUGUGAGCUCUUCCAGCUCAUCCCCACAGAGGGAGAGCUCUGUAAGGAGGACUGCUUCUCCAACAUCAGUGUCAGCGUCAGCUACCAACUCCAGACCCCCAAGGGCCAGAGGGGCCACGCCUACCCUGUCCUGGACUUCUACGAUAAGCCCUAUUCCAUCUUCCAGCUACCCUACGAGAAGGACUGCAAGAAUAAGCUGUUUUGUGUUGCAGAGUUACAGCUGGCCAUCGCCACCUCUCAGCAGGAAUUGGUGCUGGGUGUCACAAAGGAGCUGAACAUGAACAUCAGCCUAACUAACUCUGGGGAAGAUUCCUACAUGACAAGCAUGGUUUUGCAUUACCCCAGAAACUUGCACUUUAAGAGGAUACAAAAGCCUCCUUCUCCAAACAUUCAGUGUGAUGACCCUAAGCCAGAUGCUUCUGACAUGGUCAUGAACUGCAAGAUUGGUCACCCCAUACUCAAGAGGUCAUCUGCAAACUUUUCUGUAGUUUGGCAGCUAGAGGAGAGUGCCUUUUCAAACAGGACAGCCAACAGGACAGCCAACGUGACUGUGAUGGUCGUAAAUUCCAACAAAAUAAGGUCUUUGGACAGAAAGACCCACAGCCUUCACAUCAGGCAUGCCUUCAUUGCAGUUCUUCCCAAACCAUCAGUGAUGUACAUGAACACAAGCCAGGGACUUUCUGACCACAAAGAAUUCCUCUUCAAUAUACAUGGGGAAAAUCUUUUUGAAGCCAAAUUCCAGCUGGAAAUCUGUGUUCCAAUCAAAUUACAAGGUUUCCAGCUUAUAAGAGUGAAGAACCUGACAAAGAAGCAGGCUAACACUGAGUGCGCCCAGAGUCAGAAGCGCGCGUGUGGGAGUGAUCCGAUUCAGUUAUUAAGAAGUAUAACUGAACUGCAGAUCCUUGGUGAAAUAUCUUUUGACAAAUUUCUAUAUGAGGGGCUGAAUGCAGAGAACCACAGAACUAAGAUCACUGUCAUCUUCCUGAAAGAUGAGGAUUACCUUUCUUUGCCUCUGAUCAUUGGAAGCAGUGUUGGUGGCCUUCUGAUUUUGACUGUCGUUAUAGUCAUCAUGUUCAAGUGUGGCUUUUUUAAUAGAAAAUACCAACAACUGAACUUGGAGAGCAUAAGGAAGGCCCAGCUGCAAUCAGAGGAUCGGCUUAUAGAAGAUUAGAACCAGCUUCCUUACCCCUUGGGAGAAAAUAUCAGUCCUCGAACUUCUAGAGACUUGGCGUCGUCCUAAUUACUUUUUCCCUCAGGAUGAUCUAGAGCAGUACAAGAAAUUGCUUGUAGAAUAUUGUUUUUUUAAUAAUACACUGUCUCAAGUGUCUGCACUGUCAAAAAAUAAACUUGGGGAACAUUUGGUGUUAAA